AUGGCUAGCGUUUACCUAGUCUUCGAUGACUGGUCGCGAGGGCACAGCAUCCGCGAGGUAAUAAUCCCGUCUUCCGGCUCUGCCAUCUCAGCCCCGGCCGACGCGAAGCCCCCGCCUCCGGUGUUCCUGCGCUUGGAGGCAAGGCAUGGGGCGCCGCAGCACUUCGUGUCAGCCUUCGGCACCAAGAUCUUGGCCAUGCACAGCAGGUACUACGAGGGCAACUGUGCUAUGACCGGGGGCUUCACCACCAUGGUCGACGUCCGCGAGCGGAGCCUCACCCUUUUCCCCGGGCAGUUUUAUCCGUGUCAACCCAUCUAUUUCUCCGACGGCAACAAGCUGUUCUGCCUGAGCCUAGGCAGCUUCGAGAUGCUCAUCUGGGACCGGGACCGGGACCGCCCGCUGGAUCCUUCUCACGGCGUGGAGAGCUCGUGGGAACAGCUCCCGGAACCGCCAUUCGAGCGUUAUGACGUCACCUCCUACGCCGUGCAGCCUCAGUCCUGGAUCUUCAUCGUCAGCACAAAGAUAGACGCCGCUGAGGCCACCUACGCCUUUGACAUGGUGGAACUUUCAUGGAAACAACUUGGCAGUUGGGCGCUGCCCUUCGAUGGCCAUGGUCACUUUGACCAGCACCUCAAUGCCUUUGUCGGGCUCUCCAAAGAACCGGACACCCUCGGCCAACUCUACUUUUGUUAUGUGCCCAUCGACGACACUAACCCCAAGCUUUCUUGGAAAGUCGGCGAGGAGAAGCUGUUCAGCCAGGAUCCAGCUGAGAGGCAUGUAAGCGCCACCCUCAUCUACAUAGGAAGUGAGAGCGAACCCAGCAAAUUCUGCCUCGUACAGUGUGUUUUCAUUGAGGGCGACAGCACUGCUGGUCAGGAGCUCAAGGAGAAGGGACGCUUUCUGUAUCGCUUGACCACAUUCUGUCUCUAUCCUGACUCCAUUGGAGGCCUGACGACCGGCAAUAGCCGUCGGGUACAAUACUAUGAAGUGCCUGAAGGAACGUCUCAGCAAUUCCUCGCUGAAGAUCCCGUGGCAUUUGGAAUGUAA